AAGGACCCGUAUUUAAAGAGACAGGCGGUGUAGUCACCGUGCGAAGCCCGCGGCCUUGUGGGCUCCUAGUCGGGAGGCCCGCGUGGACCGUCGGAGCCUGGACAGCCGGGAAGGAAGCUAUAUGACUUUGGCUUUCAAGAUCCUCUUCCCAAGAAAUCUUUGUGCCCUUGGCAGAAAAGAACUGUGCCGGUUCCUAGAACAGAAUCACUGGCCUGUCAUAAGACACUUCAGCCAGGGGUUGGAAACAGAUCUCCUUCGUGGGUGCUGCCUCCUCCAGAGAAGAAAGCCUGUCCUAUCCUUCCGGGGAGGUCCUCUAAGACCGCGUGCCACCCACCUUGUUUUCUUGCCAGGGUCGCAUGUGGGCCUCUGUACUGGCCCCUGUGAGAUGGCGGAGCAGCGGUUCUGUGUGGACUAUGCCAAGCGGGGUACAGCUGGCUGCAAGAAAUGCAAGGAGAAGAUUGUAAAGGGCGUUUGCCGCAUUGGCAAAGUGGUGCCCAAUCCCUUCUCAGAGUCUGGGGGCGAGAUGAAGGAGUGGUACCAUAUUAAGUGCAUGUUUGAGAAACUGGAGCGGGCACGGGCUACCACAAAAAAAAUCGAAGACCUCACAGAGCUGGAAGGCUGGGAAGAGCUGGAAGAUAGCGAAAAGGAGCAGAUAAACCAGCACAUUGCAGACCUGUCUUCUAAGGCAGCUGGCACACCAAAGAAGAAAACCGCUGUCCAGGCUAAGCUGACAACCACUGGCCAGGUGACAUCCCCAGUGAAAGGUGCUUCGUUUGUCACCAGUACCAAUCCUCGGAAGUUUUCUGGAUUUUCAGCAGCCAAACCCAACAACUCUGAGCAAACCCCCUCAAGCCCUGCCCCUAAGACAAGUCUGUCUGCACGUAAAUGUGACCCUCAGCACAAAGAUUGUCUACUUCGAGAGUUCCGGAAGCUGUGUGCCAUGGUAGCUGAAAAUCCUAGCUACAAUACAAAGACCCAGAUCAUCCAAGACUUCUUGCAGAAAGGCUCUGCAGGAGAUGGCUUCCGCGGUGAUGUGUACCUAACAGUGAAGCUACUGCUGCCGGGGGUCAUUAAGAGUGUUUACAACUUGAAUGAUAAGCAGAUUGUGAAACUUUUUAGCCGCAUUUUUAACUGCAACCCAGAUGAGAUGGCUCGGGACCUAGAACAGGGUGACGUGUCAGAGACGAUCAGAGUCUUCUUUGAGCAGAGCAAGUCUUUCCCCCCAGCUGCCAAGAGUCUCCUCACCAUCCAGGAAGUGGAUGCAUUUCUCCUGCACCUCUCCAAGCUCACCAAAGAGGAUGAGCAGCAGCAGGCCCUGCAGGACAUUGCCUCCAGGUGUACAGCCAAUGACCUUAAGUGCAUUAUCCGGCUGAUCAAACAUGAUCUGAAGAUGAACUCGGGUGCAAAACAUGUGCUAGAUGCCCUUGACCCCAAUGCUUAUGAAGCCUUCAAAGCCUCACGCAACCUGCAGGAUGUGGUGGAGCGGGUCCUUCACAAUGAGCAGGAGGUGGAGAAGGACCCAGGCCGGCGACGGGCUCUGAGCGUCCAGGCCUCACUGAUGACUCCUGUGCAGCCCAUGCUGGCUGAGGCCUGCAAGUCCAUCGAGUAUGCAAUGAAGAAGUGUCCCAAUGGCAUGUUCUCUGAGAUCAAGUACGACGGUGAGCGAGUCCAGGUGCAUAAGAAGGGGGACCACUUCAGCUACUUCAGCCGCAGUCUCAAGCCUGUCCUGCCUCACAAGGUGGCCCACUUUAAGGACUACAUCCCUAGAGCUUUUCCUGGCGGUCAGAGCAUGAUCUUGGACUCCGAGGUGCUCCUGAUUGACAACAACACAGGCAAACCACUGCCCUUUGGGACUCUGGGAGUGCACAAGAAAGCUGCCUUCCAGGAUGCUAAUGUCUGCCUGUUUGUUUUUGAUUGUAUCUACUUUAAUGAUGUCAGCUUGAUGGACAGGCCUCUUUGUGAACGACGGAAGUUUCUUCAUGACAACAUGGUUGAAAUCCAUAACCGGAUCAUGUUCUCAGAAAUGAAGCAAGUCACAAAAGCCUCAGACCUGGCUGACAUGAUAAACCGAGUGAUCCGAGAGGGCUUAGAAGGGCUGGUGCUGAAGGAUGUGAAGGGUACAUACGAGCCUGGGAAGAGGCACUGGCUGAAAGUUAAGAAAGAUUAUUUGAACGAGGGGGCCAUGGCUGAUACAGCUGAUCUGGUGGUUCUUGGGGCCUUCUAUGGGCAAGGGAGCAAAGGUGGCAUGAUGUCCAUCUUCCUCAUGGGCUGCUAUGACCCUGACAGCCAGAAGUGGUGCACUGUCACCAAAUGUGCCGGAGGCCAUGAUGAUGCCACACUUGCCCGACUGCAGAAGGAGCUAGAUAUGGUGAAGAUCAGCAAGGAUCCCAGCAAGAUACCCAGUUGGCUGAAGAUCAACAAAAUCUACUAUCCUGACUUUAUUGUCCCAGACCCAAAGAAAGCUGCUGUGUGGGAGAUCACAGGGGCAGAAUUCUCCAAAGCUGAGGCUCACACUGCUGAUGGGAUCUCCAUCCGAUUUCCUCGCUGCACCCGAAUCCGGGACGACAAGGACUGGAAAUCUGCCACUAACCUCCCCCAACUCAAGGAACUGUACCAGCUGUCCAAAGAAAAGGCAGACUUCACUGUAGUGGCUGGAGAUGAGGGGAGUUCCACUACUGGAGGUAGCAAUGGUGAGAACGAGGGCACUGCUGGAUCUGCUGUACCCCACAAGGCCCCCAAGGCACCUCCCAGUAAGUCCUCGGCCAGUGGCAAGAAGACCGAACAGAAGCUGAAUAACCCCACUAGCAGAGGUGGCAACAGGGUGAUUCCAAAGGCUUCCCCCAUGAAAUCUGAAGACAAGCCGCCCAUAAAGUCUUCUCCAGUGAAAGUGGGGGUAAAGAGGAAAGCUCCUGAUGAGACCCAAUGCCCAACAAAGGUGCUGUUGGAUGUCUUCACUGGGGUGCGGCUCUACUUGCCACCUUCCACACCAGACUUCAAACGGCUCAAACGCUACUUUGUGGCAUUCGACGGGGACCUGGUACAGGAAUAUGACAUGGCCUCAGCCACACAUGUGCUGGGUAACAGGGACAACAACACUGAGGCCCAGCUGGUCUCUCCAGAGUGGAUUUGGGCAUGUAUCCGGAAACGGAGGCUGAUAACUCCCUGCUAGGACUUUGGUCUUUCUCUUUGGGCCGUCCUUACCUGCCCACUCUACUGCAUGAGGCUCUGACUGGAUGGUAGGGGCCUCUUGCUAAGCAGUGUACCUUUUAUACCCUCCAACUCUUCAUGGUCCUUCUGGAUCAGGAGUUAGUUGCUGUGGCACAAGCAAUUUUCUUGCUAGUUUAACUAGAUCUUGCAGAUCUGGGUGCUAGCUUUGCCUUCUUGUUUAAAAAGAAGCCAAUCUUAGUUGUUUGAGGUGCUGAUAACCAACCUAGACCCUUACGCAUGCUAGGCACAGUGUCCUGCCAUUGAACUACAAAUUUUAUAAGAAAUCUUAAGCCAGGCAUGGUAGUACAUGAGGAGCAAGAAGUCAGAGCGUCAGUUCAAGGCUAGCCUUGAACAAAACAAAACAAAGCA